CAGGCCAGCCCUACACUGGCCAGGCCAACCUACACCGGCCAGGCAGCCCCACCAGCCAGGCCAUCUACCGGCCCAGGCCAACCUACACCAGCCAGGCCAGCCUGCACAGGCCAACCCUACACCAGCCAGGCCAAUCCUACACCGGCCAGACCUACACCAGCCAGGCCAACCCCUACCGGCAGGCCAGCCUCACCAGCCAGGCCAACCUACACCGGCCAGGCCAGCCCCUACCAGCAGGCCCAGCCCUACACCAGGCAGGCCAGCCUACACCGGCCAGGCCAGCCUACACCAGCCAGGCCAGCCUACACAGAGCCAACCCUACAGGCCAGCCUACACCGUGGCCAGCCUACAGGCCACCCUACGCCGGCCAGGCCAGCCCCUACACCAUGGGCCAGCUGCCUGAGCCCAACCCUACACGGCCAGGCCAGCCCUACCAGCCAGGUGGCCUACACCAGCCAGGCCAGCCUACCGGCAGGCCAGCCCUACACCAGCAGGCCAGCCCUACACGGCCAGGCCAGCCCUACCGGCCAGGCCAGCCUGCAGGACACAGGCCAGGCCAGCUACAGGCCAGCCCUACACCGGCCAGGCCAACCCUACACCAGCCAGGCCCAGCCUACAGGCCAGGCCAGCCCCUACACACCGGCCAGGCCAGCCUACCACCGGCCAGGCCAGCAGCAGGCCAACCCUACACCGGCCACCAGCCUACAGCCAGGCCAGCCCUACACCAGCCAGGCCAGCCCCUGGCAGGCCGCCUACACCGGAGGCCAGCCUCACCAGCCAGCUGUUCGCCAGUACCUUCUGAGUGCCCCUUCACAGUGCCUGCUUGUGCCCCCUUCACCAGUGCCCCUCCCAGUACUUCAGCAGUGUGCCUUCACAGUGCCCUUCACCAGUGCCCCUUCACAGUACCCCCUUCACGAUUGCCUUACCAGUACCCCUUCAUCCAGCCAACAGUGCCCUUCACGGUGCCCUCCUACUGGUACCUUCACAGUACCCCUUAGUGCCCCUUCCUUGUGCCCUUCACCAGUACCCCCUUCACGUGCCCUUUCACCAGUGCCCUUCAACGGUACCCCCUUCUUAAUUUUGUCACCAGUGCCUUCUGGUGCCCUUCUUAGUGCCCAGCACCAGUGCCUCACCAGUUACCUUCAGCAGUUGCCCUUCACCAGUACCCUCAUGCAGUACCCCCUUCAGGUACCCUUCACAGUACCCCUCAUCAGUACUUCCUUUCACCAGUGCCCUUCACCAGUACCCUUCACCCAUUACUUCACAGUGCCCUUCUUAGUGCCCCUUCACAGUGCCCUUCACCCAGUGCCCUUCAACCUGCCCUUCACAGUACCUUUACCAGUGCCCUUUUCACCAGUACCCCUUCACUGGCCCCUUCACUGA